GGGCGAUUCAUGUCCUCGUGAGAUGUUCUUUGCUUCUUUUAUGUGGCCUGAUUAUUCGGAUAGCUGCAUAUCUGUUUAAUUGAGGGAUUUGUCAUUUGAUUUCAUGUUCGAAACGAAUGUGGUGAUCUAUUAUCUGGGUUGAGGUUGCUUGUUUCAUUCGGAUAUCAAAAGACGGCUCGACCCCUCAUCAGCAGCUCAAGAAACUAACUUGUCAACUACAUUCUUUUACUUCAUACUUAAUCAAAUACAACUCCUCAAUUGCUUCAAAAUGGGAGACCACGUCGUCUUUUUUUACGGAACUCUAAUGGCCCCUCAAAUCCUCCACCGCGUAAUUCACGGCCGCCCAGACCCAGAACCCUGGCAAAAGAACCUCCUCACCUUCCAACCAGCCAUUCUCCACGGCUACCGCCGACACCGCGUGCGCGGAGCCGAUUACCCCGGUAUCAUCCCCGCAACAGAAUACCAAUCGCAAUCGCAAUCGCAGGAACAAGAACAAGAAGUACAAGAGCCAACAGGGUCGACUCACAGAGCUUCUGUCCUCGGAACGCUGGUCUCGGGCCUCACGGACGGCGAUAUCCACCGGCUUGAUAUCUUCGAAGGAUCUGAGUACAUACGCAAGUCGGUCAAAGUGCGGACGUUACAAGAGUCGUUGAGUCAGGAUCAAGGGGAUGAAGAGACAAAUCCGGACGGGCAUUUGAGGGAUGUGUUGGAUGCGGCGGGGGCAGAGUUUGCGGAUGAGGGGGAAGAGGAUGUUGGGGCUGUGACCUAUUUGUAUAUUGCUGGGGAGGGGAGAUUGGAGGAUGCGGAGUGGGAUUUUGAGACGUUUAAGAGGGAUAAGAUGGCAUGGUGGGUUGGAGCCGAUGAGAGUGAGUGGUGAUGGUGGUUGGGGUCAAGUCUUGGGUUUCAUGGGUUGUCUAUAUUGCAUCUGAAUUGGGGUGAUAUACAUAAAAUAAAUGGUUGCAUCUGGGUGCUAGAAUAUAAAAUAAUAAUACGAGUCAACUAAAAGUAAAAUGC